AUGUCUUCUUUGUUGGGUCAGGACCGCCUAUUAAGUCCAAAUAUAGAAGGAUUGGACUUGCAUGUCAAACACAUACCUGUCAAACGAUAUGUAUUCGUUACAAUCAUGGCAGGAGCAUUGUUUAUAGUGUUCAUGCUUAUAUACCCAUGUACACUGAUACUAAUACACCUUGAAGUUCAUCGAUUUCCUACUAGUAUAAAUACACAGAACACGUCCUUAUCCUUUGAAGACUGGAGCAAAAAAAGCAUACAGUGUGGAUUCUCAGAACAGAUACCUAUACCAGAAAGUGAAGAGGGAUCAUAUACUCCACCUCCUCCAGAUGCUACUCUAUACUCUGCACUAAAGUAUGUUUCUCAAGAAGACCAGCUUUCUUUUUGUUCUCAGGUGAACUCUCACAAGGGGUUUGUAGACGGCAAACUAGAUGAUGUGAAAGAAGAUAGCUGUGGUACUUGGAUGGCAAGAUAUACAGCAUUACACGAAAAGAGACUUGAGCAACUUGAAAGGCUCAAGGCAGGUGAUUAUGAAAGUUUCAGUCAUGAAGACCGUCCACGGUAUGUUGGCUAUCUUUGCCAAGUAGACAAGAACAAUCCAAGACGCGGGUGCGGUGGUUUAGCAGACCGAAUGAGUGGUAGGAAUCUAAAACAGUAUUUAACCUUGAUAGGCAUGGUAUCCACAUUCUUUUACGCCUUACUUACGGACAGAGCUUAUUUGGCAUACUGGGAACCUACCAACCCGGUUCCCCUGGAGGAUUUGUUCGAAAAACCAUCAAUCGAUUGGAGUUAUAAUCCAAAUCAGCUCAAGGAAUUAUUCACAAAGGAAAAUCUAUUAUUGAGUUUUAGCGAGGUGGACAUGCUAAACUAUAACUGGAAAAGCAUCGGCAAUACUUUAUUUCCAAACGGACCUAGCCAAAACUUCCACCAGCUUUGGAACACUUCGUUUGUUUCCAUGAGAUCCAAUAGAGCCUACAUUAUCCGCACAUUUCAAAAGUCUUCUAUUUAUCCUGAAUGGCUCGCAAAAGUUGGACUUACCAAGGAAAAUGCCUUUAGAUGCAUGACUGACUAUCUCUUCCGCCCAACAAUUGGAUCAAGGCGGUUUAUCAAAGCUUACAAAAACUUGUUUGAUAUGGAAAGCGUUUUGAGUAUUGGGUUACAGAUUCGCACAGAUGACAGAGCAUUGGCGAACCCAGAAAGCGAUGACAAUACUUUGGAGCAAUGGGAUUAUUUUUUCAAGUGUGCAAACGACCUAAGAGAUGCCAAGAAACGAGAUCAUCAUAAAACAGUAGUUUACUUUCUUAUCACGGACUCUAUUAGCUUGCGCGAGCAGUUUAUUUCGAUGAACAACAACAAGAUACUGGCAAAACAAGUUCUGGGGGAUGGCUAUAAAUACACAUCUCUUGUCACUACAGGGCUUCCGAUUGAACAUAUGGAGCCUACUGUUGUUAUUCCAAAAUUUUCGGCUGAUGCAAAAUCCAAACUUCUUAAGGCCAAAGGACAUAUGUUAGCAGGAGUAAACAGUGCCGUAAUCGAAAACUGGUUGUUGAGUGCUACAAAUUAUCGGCUCAUCAGUCGAAAGGGGUACGGAAAAAUGGCUGCGUUUCACGCAAAAGAGGCGCGGACAACAAUUAACCUUCCAGAGAAAGACGCAUAUGAAAAAAUAUAUAUAUAUCUUCCUUAUCCAAAAUUUGCUCUAUACAAUAUUCUAUAUGAUAUGACUAAAUCUAAUAUGGUACAAGUAUACCAACACAUACACAUGGAGAAAAAUACUCUUUCGAGACUCAUCAAUCAAGGUCGCCCGGUUUCAACUCUUCUGUCUAAUGUAUUCUUUGAUUGUCUCUAUGUACAUUGUUUUAUUCUUAACGUUUAA